GUCGGUCACGUGCGGUGGGCGGGGCGUGUUCCCCGGGCCCCCCCAUUUCCUGCGGGUCACGUGUGGCGGGCCCGGCGUUGCCGUGGCAGCGGCGGAGGCGGCUCCGGCUCUGGAGAGCCCCGGCAGCCGACACCCCGACCGGGGUCCCGGUUCCGAUCCCGGUGCCGGUUCCGACCCCCCCGGUCAAGCAGAGCGGUGAGCCCCGGCGGGGCUGCCCCUGGGGCUGGGGGAGGGAGUUCGUGCUCUCGGCCCUCAGAGCCCUCCACCCAAUCUCUCCAUGCCUGUAGCCAGCAAGCAUUUCUCCCAUCAUGAGUUCUGAAUUAAACGUUCCAGUGGAUCCUUCCACUCCUGCUUGCUGCUCUGAACCUGGCACAAAAGGGAUGGAUUAUCGGGACUGGGUCCGGCGCAGUUACCUGGAACUGGUGACAUCCAAUCACCACUCUGUGCAAGCCCUGUCCUGGAGAAAGUUGUACCUGAGCAGAGCCAAACUGAAAGCUUCCAGCAGAACCUCUGCUCUGCUCUCUGGCUUUGCAAUGGUUGCCAUGGUGGAGGUGCAGCUGGAGGUGCAGUACAAGUACCCCCAGAUGCUGCUGAUCGCUUUCAGCGCCUGCACCACGGUGCUGGUGGCCGUUCAUCUCUUUGCCCUCCUGAUCAGCACCUGCAUCCUGCCCAACGUGGAAGCUGUGAGCAACAUCCACAACCUGAACUCCAUCAGUGAGUCCCCCCACGAGAGGAUGCACCCCUACAUCGAGCUGGCCUGGGGCUUCUCCACUGUCUUGGGGAUCCUCCUUUUCCUCGCCGAAGUCGUGCUCCUCUGCUGGAUAAAAUUCCUCCCCGUGGGCUCCAUCCUAAAGAACGAGACCAGCAACGUGGAGAAGCCCAGUGGGCACGCGGGCUGGCAGUCAGCAUUGGUCUCCACCAUCAUCAUGGUCCCCGUGGGGCUGAUUUUUGUCGUGUUCACCAUUCACUUCUACCGCUCCCUGGUGAGGCACAAAACCGAGCGGCACAACCGGGAGAUCGAGGAGCUCCACAAACUGAAAGUGCAGCUGGAUGGGCAUGACAGAGGCAUGCAGGUGGUGUGACAGGGUAGCAGGAGGUGCUGUGAGGAGCAAAAUCCCUGUUCUGCUCGUUGGGGAGGCACAGAUUGUCUUGAGGCUUAACUAUGUAAAUGCUAAUUGCCUGCCGUAUAUAGCUGGGGGGGUCUAAGGCUGUUUGAGCUGCUGGGGGCUCUGGGCUGUUCCUGGUCCUACACACUCACCUCUUGAAGUCAACACUGCCAUGGAGUUGAAGGUUAAAUGUUGGGUCAAGUAGUCAAAACGUGGGAAUGUGGUUUUUUUUUUAAUUCUGUUGCCAAAAGUAAAACUGCAUCAGCUGUCUAAAAGCCCAUGUGGGUGUCUGUGUGUGUGUGUAGGACCUGUCUGAUGGGUCAGAACCCCCUGGCUGUCAGUGCAGCAGUGAUGAUUCUAGAGCUGAGCUGGUUAAUGAGGGGCUCUGCAGCUGACUUAAGGCCACCCAGGAAAGCCCAGCAGAAACUGAGAGUGUUGAUCACCUUUAUUCCAAAGGAAGUGUUGCAUAAAUACCUAACUAGAAAGAAAUCAGCCUUAGCUGUUACAUUUUUUUUUCUUGCUAUUGCUUGUUAUGUUUUUACAGGAGGUAGAAUCUCAAACUGGAGGAGGCUGGGAAGUUCCCUCAUACUUUAUUCAGCAGCAUCUGUCACUUUAGAUUGAAUGAAUGCCAAGAUCAUGUGUUUUAUCCCAAUAAGAGGCAAGAGUGCCCAGGGAAGGCUUACAGGUGUUUCAGAUUUAACAAGGACAUUCUUAAAACAGAACAGUGACAGGGAAGUUAAUGAGACAGAACUUUGAAGGACUAGAAAAGCAAGUUUCAAGGAGGUAAGGAGUGACAACAUUUAGCACUAUUUUAUAAACCCUUUGCCAUGUCAUCUUCAUUUAUGUAUUUUUUUUCCAAUAUCUUUUGCCUGGUUUGCUUGAGAGUACAAGCCCCAGUCCUGUGCAUUUCAUCAGUUGUUUGGGUUGUUGGGUUUUUUUUUUUUAUUUCAGCUGUAGCAUUUGUCUGUCAAAAACUCUUCCUUCUCCCCCCACCAAAGCAGGCACCUCCACUGCUGGAACCUGGGUCUGUACUGUAGAGGCUGAGGGAGCUGGAGCUGGCAGGAGGGCUCUGUGCCAUUAAAGAGCUCUCAAGUUUCAUCCAAACUGAAUUAUUUUUUGGUCCCAGCAGCAGGGAAAAUGGCACUUGCACAUCUGUACUGCUUAGCAAGGGAAGGUGGUGAAUUCUCUAGCAUCCUUUUAGGUGAAAAUGCCUGUAAAUAUGAUUUUCUAUUUAAGGUAACUUUGUGGAGGGAAAAGAGUGUUUUGCAAUCAUCACUCUUCAAAGGGAAAGUAAGGCUUUUCUGCCACAGGGGGCUACAGGCAGCAUAAACACAUUUUCUUGGCCCUGAUCCCAUGCUGAUUUCCUGCUCUGCACCCAAACAUUGUAGUUCCAGAAUCUCCCAGGCCUUACAGGUUUCUCAGAUCAUUAAGGAUGUUUGUAAUGUUCUAUCUAAACCCAGUUCCCUUAUUCCACUGGGAUUUCAGAAAUCUAACAGCAGUGGAUUACAUCUCAGCUUCCCAGAACUGAGAGUACAAGCAAAGCCCAGUGCAGCAGGGUGAGACUGUCCCUAUGUUCCUCUCUGGCAGGGGCCUUGGGAUCCCAGCUCCCUAAUUUCUCUUGGUUACAGGAGAGUUUGAGCAUUGCUGAACAAGUUGCUUAGCACUGUGUCUGUGGCUUUCAUCUGUUGUUCUUGCCACAGUUGGCACAGAGCAUAUGGGCUGAUGUGCAGCAAGGAAAAGAAUCUUGGUGUGCUAAAUGCCCAGUCUGUCCUUCUGCAUGCCUGCAAAAAAUAAGGAGCAUCCUCCAGGAGAGCAGGUGGGGAUGAAAUUCAUAUCAUCUCCCCAGGAGCCUGCCUUCUCUCCCUUCUCUUUUUACCAUAAUAAAAAUUAAAGGUUUAGAUGACAAAAAUGAUAGAGUUUUCUGCCAAGUAUUACACACGGAGUCUCUUCUAGCAACAAAAUCUCUGUGUUGAGGCCAGAGCCAGACUGGAUAGGAGGAAUCUCUCCUCUGUACUUUGCACUCUCCUGUAUCAUCAGUAAUAAGAGGACUCUGUGUGCUGUGGAGCCCAGGAGGCUGCUGAGGAAAGUGUGGAGUCAUUUUUGCAAUUUCAAGCAAAACAGUUUCACAGUGUGCAUGCAGUGCUGCAAAAGCAAGGCAGCUCAUUUGGAAACAGCCAAAUGGUUCAUUUGAUUCUUUGCAAACACAAUAAACUUCAGCAAAUGGAGAAAUGCAACAGAAACUGUGCUUUGAUUUUGUAGAAAAACUGGGUGAGGCUUUGGUGGGAUUGGACCCAAAUCUCAAGGCAGCACCUCUGUGGCUGGGGUGGCAUCACCUUACUCCAGCAGGGAGUAUGAGCAGGGUUUGAGAUGGUGUCCCAAGGGUGAGAGCAGAAUAACAGUGUGGCUGUGCCUUCCCAUCUCUGCUUGCAGCUUUGUUUCUCUUAUCUCUCCAGGCACCCAGUUCUUCCUUCCACAGGAAGCCUCUGAGAGUAUUUGUGCUCUGAGCCCUGGGAUCUCUCCAGGUAACCCAUCACCUUCCUGCUGGAGCUCCUCUCCUUCUUUUUCAUUUGAUUUUCCUGCUCCUGCCUCUCAUCCUCCAACUCGAUCACAUUUUCACCUCUGCUGUGUCCAGCCCUGUGGUGUAGUUCACCCAUAAAGGAGCAGGGAAAUUGUCCUUGUCCAGCUGGGUGUUUCUGCACCAGAGUGCCAGAAAAUCCUCCUUGCUUCUGCUGCUGUCCUCAUGGCUGUCAGCAGGGUCCCCAUCACUCAAGCAUGGAGAUGCCAGCCUGUCCUCACCAUUGCUGGUGUCCCAGUAGGUCUGGCAGUGCACUGUGUCACUUCCCUGCCUGCCCAUGGCUGUCCUGUGCUGUCACCUGUCAUUCCUGAGCUGUCUGCCAUUCCUGGCUUUUGUGUGGCUCCGUUCCAGUACGGGGAUGCUUCAGGGGUGCUUCUCCCCAGAUUCCUGCCCUUUGGGCUGGGAUGUCACGGAUCUCCCCAACACC